AUGAGCUGCGCCAUCGGAAACAUGAUGAUUGCCGUUGCUGGCGGAAUGGUCGACUGGUCGCACCGCCGCAGGUCCCGCAGCAUUACGAAGCCUAUCGUUCUCCCUUCCAGUCGGGUCAUGAAGGAUCUCAAGUUCACACGUCGCGCAACAGACCUUCGAUAG